UGAAGAGGCGCCACCGACCAAGGACUGAAUGAGAGAAGUUUUUGCGUUUGCAAGUUUUUCUUUUUGUUAUUUUGCCGGAAAAAAUCGCUAUGAAACAGAACGGAAAAUGUGGUCAGUGCCGAAGGGGUCUCAGUUGACCCUGGCGAUAGUAAAACCUCACGUCGUGAAGGCUCCGCACGCGCUCCAGGGUGUGAGACAAGCGAUUGAAGAAAACGGCUUUAAAGUCCUCGCAACGAGAAAAGUUCAGCUGUCCGAAAAGGAGGCCAGCGAGUUCUAUUCCGAGCACAAAGGGCGCUUUUUCUACAACCGGCUUGUCAAUUUUAUGAUCAGUGGCCCGAUCGAGGUGCAGGUCUUGGCCAAGGAGGACGCGAUCAAGGAGUGGAGGCGGCUGCUGGGUCCGACCAAAGUCUUCAGGGCCAUCUUCAGCGAGCCGGACAGUCUGCGGGGCAGAUUCGGCCUGACGGACACUCGGAACGCCCUGCACGGCUCCGACUCGGAGGAAUCGGCCGCCAAGGAGAUCAAGUUCUUCUUCCCUGACGCAAUUGUUUAAUUUAUAAUGUUGGACCUGGGCUACCUUUUGGUCGGACUGACCGGCGGGGCGGCCGUGGCCGUCACGGCCGCCUGCGUGCCCUUCGUGACCCCGGCCCUGCGACGGGUGUGUCUGCCCUACGUGCCCGCCACCUCGCAGCAGGUG